ACACUUUUUUAUGUGAGAAUGAAUCUCAUCUGUAGGUUACCAAGAGAAUCAAGAAAACGACAUUGAGCAAAUAUGCCUCCAAAACUAUGAGAAAAUAUCAUAGUGACCAUGUGUUAUAUCAUAAUAACCCAUCUAUCACAUGUUUAAAGAAAUUAGUCAAGAAAAAAAAAUAUUUACUAUUUCCAUAUCAUGGUGACCCUAUGCUAUAUCAUAGUGACCCUCUGCUGUAUCAAGCAACUUUUCCCCUCUCUCACGCGUUGAACUUGUUCUUUGAAAAUCACAACAUUCUAGGAUUACAUUAAAAACUAUAUUUGAAGGGUGACUAUAUAUGUAUAACGGUCACUAUAUGUCAUAUGUGUUCGAGAUGUUUUUUUUUUUUUUGUCCAUUAAAGCUAAAAUUGAGAAAAUUAACAAGAGAAUCAAGAAAAUGACCUUGAUUAACUAAGCUUGCAAAACUAUGAGAAAAUAUCAUAGUGACCAUGUGUUAUAUCAUAAUAACCCAUCUAUCAUAUGUUUACAGAAAGUGAAAGUAUUAGGUCAGACCGUCUGACCCAAUACCUUCCGUCGGACGGGCUUAGCCCAUCAAAAACGCGCGGACUUUUUUUUUCAUAUUUGUUUUGUUGAUCAACAGUUUUGUUUAUUUUUAGAAAAAACAUUUAACGGUUAUUAGGUCAUUAUCUUUUUUCGAGUUUGAAACUGUUUUUUGGAUAUCUGCUUGAUUCUCGCUAGUUAUAAAACUGAUUCUUCUUCUUUUCAAAGAAACCGAUAUUAUUAUUUACUGAUUAUUUCUAGAAUUUUUCUGCUUCUCUGCUGUUGAAACUUAGCGUGUUUUUUUGUUCGUAAUUCAUUACUGUUGCAUCGCAAAUAUGGUGAAGAGGAUCAGAGAUGAUGAUUCUAGCCCGAAGUUGAAGAAGGUGAAGAGUGUCGCAUCUUCAGGAAAAAUUUUGGCACUGUCUACUGCUGGGAAGAAGAAAGAGAAAGAUGGUGAUUAUGAUCCAAGAUGUGAUAAAUCAUUGUCUAAGAAGAAAGGCAAAUCUGAUUUAUCACCAAUCAAGUUUUCAUUUUCAAGAUCUAAUCCCGAUGAACAGAAAGACACAUUUGAUAGAUUGUAUGUAUUUUUCAUUAUUCUCCUUUUAUAUUAUAUGAUUGUUUUUUUUUUUAAAGUUAUUUUUGUUCACUUUUGUUAGGAAUUUCACUAAGCAAGAAAUGAAGUCAAUUAGUCUACAAGUAUUGUCAGACUAUUCCCAUUUAAAUGAAGUGGUUAGUAAUUUAGUGAUGAGCAAAAAAGAGACAUUAGGGAUAUUGGGUUUGGGAGUCUCUUAGAUAUUAGGAUAAAGAAGUUUUGUCCUAAUCUGAAUUUGGAGGUGUUGUUGAAUUACAAUGCAUCUGGAAUGAUGUUUUCAACAAAGAAUGGUAAACUGAUUUUUAAUA